AAUGUUCGUGAAAGGCCCUCGGAAAAGGCUUUGCAUGUGUCUUCGUGACAGCUUUCAGGGCACUUGAGACGGUGAAGCGAAUAUGAGGAGACCUAAUAUUUUGCUCACGGGUACUCCAGGUGUUGGUAAAACUACACUAGGCAAAGAAAUCGCUGCAAGAACAGAUAUGACUUACAUUAAUGUGGGUGAUUUGGCCAAAGAAGGGGAGUUAUAUGAAGGCUUUGAUGAAGAAUAUGAAUGUCCAAUUCUGGAUGAAGACAGAGUAAUUGAUGAAAUGGAAGACAAGAUGUGUGAAGGUGGUGUUAUAGUUGACUAUCACAGCUGUGACUUCUUUCCUGAGCGUUGGUUUAACAUAAUUUUUGUGCUACGUACUGAAAACUCAUUCUUAUAUGACAGAUUGGAAAGCAGGGGUUACAAAGGAAAAAAGCUUCAAGACAAUAUUCAGUGCGAAAUUUUUCAGACUAUUUAUGAAGAGGCCAUGUCAUCUUAUCAGGAAGAAAUUGUACAUCAGUUGGCCAGCAACACUCCAGAGGAUAUGGAGCAGAAUUUAGAUCAGAUUAUACAGUGGAUUGAACAGUGGAUAAGAGACAACAAUUAACUUUGGAAUAUAUGAUGCCAAUAAAUAAGAUAUUUAUAAAAAGAACUUCAUCCCAAUAAAAUUGACAUGCUCUCAUGCAGUAAGUUACACUUGCUGUUUCAAAGUAAUAGUUGCCUCUUUAAGAAAAUCAAAUAGUUUUGCAGGUCCAUAUGAAUGCAGAAAUCAAACACUAUUUACAUUUAAAAAUGUAAAAACCUGGAAUUUGGUAUUGGGUAUCAAAUAUUCUCUUUGAAGACAGUUUUGAAAAGACGAAUAACAAACAUGA